CUAUCUAAAUUAUGGCAUCAAAUAUAACAUAUAAACUUUCAAAAGAAUUAAUUGGUCAUGGUAAGGAUGUUAGAAGUACUUGUGUUCUCUCAGAUGGGCGUAUAGUUACAGGUUCAAGAGAUAAUUCAAUUAGAGUUUGGGAUCCAAUAAAUGAUUUUUCAAGUAUAGAAUUACAUGGACACUCACAUUUUGUAGGCUCUUUAGUACAAUUACCUCCAUCAAUAAUAUUAAGAGAACGUUGUUUUGCAUCUGGUGGUAAUGAUAAAUUAAUCUGUGUUUGGGAAAAAACUGCUAUUCCAAAAUCAUCAUCAAAUAAUAACAAUAAUAAUAACAACAACAAUAAUUCAGAAUCAAAUGCCUCACCUUCAUUAAUGUUAUUGGGUCAUGAAGAUACUGUAUCUUCACUUGGUGUUACAAAUGAUGGUUUAAUUAUUUCUGGUAGUUGGGAUAAAACUAUUAAAGUUUGGGAAAAUGGUGAUUGCAUUGCAACAUUAAAAGGUCAUGAACAAUCAGUAUGGUCAGUUAUUGGAUUACCAAAUGGAAAUAUUGUUUCAGCAUCAGCAGAUAAAACUAUUAAAAUUUGGAGACAAGAUGGUAAAGAUAAAUAUACAGUAGAAAAGACAUUAAAGAAUCAUAAAGAUUGUGUAAGAGGUUUAGCAGUUAUUCCAGAAUUAGGUUUUAUUAGUUGUAGUAAUGAUGGCUCACUCAUAGUAUGGACUUUUAAUGGUGAAGUCAUUCAAGAACUUAAUGGCCACACAUCAUUUGUUUAUGCCGUAGUUGUAGUUCCUGGUAUUGGUUUUGCAUCCUGUGGUGAGGAUAGAACUUUACGUAUUUGGAAAGAUGGUGAAAACAUUCAAACUAUAACCCAUCCUUCAGGUGUUUGGGAUUUAGCCUAUUCACCAAGUGGUGAUAUCAUUACUGGUUGUGCCGAUGGUGUUGGCUAUGUUUGGACAAAGAAUCCAUCAAGAUGUGCCAGUGAAGAGGUUAUUAAAUCAUAUCAAGAUAAAUUAGCUAGUCAAACUAUCGUUUCAGACAAUGUAGGUGACAUCAAAAUGAAUGAAUUACCAGAACUUGAAGAGGCUCUCAAGCAACCAGGUACUAAGGAUGGCGAACUUAAGGUUGUUAAAAAUGGUAAAGUUGCCGAAGCCCAUCAAUGGAGCGCCUCUGAUAACAAAUGGGUUAAAAUUGGUGAGGUUGUAGAUGCUAGUGCUGCCAAUAAAAGUAAUGCUAGAGGUGUCCUUAAUGGUAAAGAAUAUGACUACAUCUUUGAUGUAGAUAUCGAUAGCGGUGUAAUGUACAAGAUUGGUUAUAAUGUUGGUGAAAAUCCAUAUUCUGUAGCUCAAGAUUUCUUAUUUAAAAAUGAUUUAGGUCAAGAAUUUUUAGACGAAGUUGCCCAAUUCCUCAUUAAAAAUACUGAACAAAAUAAUAUGACUUUUGAGGCAAGUCCAAUGCUCAGUGAUCCACUUACUGGUGGAAACAGAUAUAUUCCAGGUGGUUCAAAUAAUAACCCUCCUGCAAGAAAAUCUGCUCCAACUUCAAACAAUAAUAAUAAUAAUAAUAAUAACAAUAACAAUACCAGUAACAAUAGCAAUAAUAACACCACUAUUCAAACAACAUCAUUAAUUCCACAAAAAAAUUAUACCUUAUUUGAAACUGCAAAUAGUGAAUCAUUACUUAAUAAGGUUUUAGAAUUUAAUGAACAACUUUUAAGCAACCCAGAAACCAAAAUUGUAGCAUUGGAUGAAGAUGAACAAGAGUUAUCUAUUUUCAAAUCAAUACUUUCAACCCUUAAAGAAACUUCUCGUUAUCACUCAUCAUCAUUCAAUGAGCAUCAAAUUAAAGUUGUUUUCAAAAUGCUUAAAUGGCCAGAAGAUAAAGUUUUCUGUAUUUUAGAUGUUUUAAGAGUUAUGGUACUUCACCCAAAUGCCUCAAGCAUGCUUAGACAAUUUGUAGACUAUGUUACUGGUUCAAACAAAUAUAAUAUCAUGUCAAUCCUCCUUUUAAUCAUUCAAGAAUCUAAACUUUUAAAUAACACUAUGCUCUGUCUCAAGAUUUUUUCAAAUAUGUUCCGUCAUGAACCACUUAGAACUUUGUUAAUCAAUACCAUCUUUGCCAACCAUGAAAAGGCUCAACAAUUUUUAGAUAGAGUGAAUUCAGUCUAUCUAAAUAUUAGCCCACCAGGCUCAAACAAAUCCUACUCAAGUUCAUUUGCAACAUUUUUAUUAAACAUUUCUUUUUAUGAAUCAAACAAUAAGGUUGAUAAUGGAACCCUUGGCUUACUUGUUAACAGUUUACAUAACCUUAUUAAAACCGAAACCGAUCCAGACUCAUCACUAAGAUGCGUUUGUGCUUUAGGUACAUUAUUAUUCAAUCAUAGAGACUACAAGCCAUCAUCUGAAAUUUGCUCAUCCAUCAAAUCAUCUGUUUCAAACAUUAAAUAUAAUGAUAAAUUCUCAGAUUCAAUUCAACUUUUAUUAAAACUUGUUAAUUAGAAAUUUUCUUUAAAAUAAAAUAAAAUAAAAAAAAUAAUAAAAAAAUAGGUAAAUCGUGUUUAAAAAAAAAAAAAAAAUAAACUUUUAAUAAAUUUUAAAAAUGGGU